CUUCCACUAUGGGCUCCCGGGCUGCUGCAACCUGGUACCGCUGCCUCCCAGCGCUCUGCUCCGGGACAGCGCUUCGGGUCGCUCCGGUGCUCAGACCCGCACCCUUCGCUUCCACCCCGGGCAGAAGAAACCUGAACGUGCAGACAGCAACUGAGGCGGUUAAGCUGAAGAGCAUUGAUGACUUACCGGGGCCCAGCCGGUCCACCACUAUGUACUGGCUGUUGGUCAAAGGAUACGCGGAAAAGAUGCACUUACUGCAGGGCUUACAGAAGCGUCUGUAUGGGCCCAUCUGGCGCUCCAAGUUUGGCACUUUUGACUUUGUCAAUGUGGCGACUCCUGACCUCAUUGGUCAAGUGAUCCAGCAGGAAGGCCGCUACCCAGUCCGAUUUGAGAUGCCCCACUGGAAGGAGUACAGGGAGCUGAGGGGCCAGGCCUACGGACUCCACGUAGAAACAGGACCAGAGUGGUACCGCAUCCGCAGUGCCCUGAACCCCAAGAUGCUGAAGCUACAGGAGGUAUCGGUCUAUGCCUCCACCAUCCAGCAGGUGAUUGGAGAUCUGCUGCAACGCAUUGAGGUCUUACGAGCUCGCAGUCAGGACCAAGCCACAGUUUUGGACGUGGCAGCUGAGCUCUACAAGUUUGGCUUUGAAGGUAUAUCCUCCAUCCUGUUUGAGACCAGACUGGGGUGCCUGCAGGAGGAGAUUCCCCAUGAAACUCUUCGCUUCAUCAAGGCUCUUAACGACAUGAUGACGUUUGCUGACAUGGUGCUUCUCUUCCCACGAUGGACCCGCAACAUCCUCCCCUUCUGGAAACGCUUUGUUCAGGCCUGGGAUGACCUCUAUGAAGUAGCUCAGACGCUCAUCGACAGGAGAAUGGCUGAAAUUGAAGCUCAGGUGAGCCGGGGUGAACCUAUAGAGGGCAUGUACCUGACCUACCUGCUGUCUUCUGGCAAGCUUACCAUAGCGGAAGUCUACAUAAGCAUUACAGAGCUGAUGCUGGGAGGAGUCGACACGACGUCCAACACCUUGUCGUGGGCUUUGUAUCACUUAGCGAGAGACAGCAGGGCUCAGGAUCGACUUUACAGCGAGGUGAAUUCGGUUUGUCCUGACAAGCGGGAGCCAACCAUGGACGACCUGAGCAGGAUGCCCUUCCUGAAGGCCGUCAUAAAGGAGACAUUACGCCUGUAUCCAGUGGUUCCUGGAAACGGACGCUUUGUUUCGGAGAACGAGGUGAUUCUGGAUAACUACUGGUUCCCAAAGAAGACUCAUUUCCAUCUGUGCCAUUAUGAAGCCUGCCACGAUGAGUCCGAGUUCACAAAUGCAGAGCACUUCCUCCCAGAGCGGUGGUUUCGCAGUGACUCGCCAAAUAGCCGCAGCGACAGAGCCAGACCCGGCUUCUAUCAGCAUAACCCUUACAGCUUCAUCCCGUUUGGCGUCGGGGUGCGAGCCUGUGUGGGGAAGAGGGUGGCAGAGAUGGAGAUGCACUUUGCUCUGUCCAGGCUGAUGCAGCAUUACGAGAUCCAGCCUGAAGAUGGUGCACCGACCGUGGAGGCCAAAACUCGGACGCUGCUCAUCCCCGCUAAGCCCAUCAACCUGCGCUUCGUCCCCAGAGCCUGAAGAUGGCGCCAGUGUUGGCAAGCAGCUCGUGCAUUCAUAAUAAAAGUGCUCCCAGAAGUUUCUUUCUCAGUGUAACUUUAGAGUUUGAGCAACAGGCUGAAACUGCACAGAGGUACAAAUGAGUAAUUAGAUAAAAAUUUAAGGCCAUUUCUGGUGUUUGCCAAUCUGGGUGUGGCGCACUAACGCAUCUGAGCCUUCAUGGUGCAGAUUCCUGUCAGCAGCCGCAUUUAACAAAUUUCAGCAAUGAAGGUAGUGAGUAAAUCCUCAAGCCAGGUUGACACAUGCAGGGAUUUCUCUUUAGGAACACAUUUAAUGGGCACAUUUAUCAUUUUAAAGAAAUAAGCUCAUAAUUUAUCUACACAUUUAUCUUUAUAUGUAUUUCUUUAUAUUUCCUAGCUAACGUCUGUUAUGGUCUUCCUUUAUUAUUUGAUAGUUGUUGUCAUUUUAAUUAAGAUCCCUUCUUAGUGUCCAGUUUUUUUCAUGUUUUUUGUGGCUACAUUUGUUUUUUUCUGCAUGCUUUGUGUCAUUUCCUGUUUUGUUUUGGCAAUUUCUCUCUCUGUGAGUCCUGACUACCGCCUCACAAAGGAAGUAACGUAACCAAAGAGUCUAAAAAGUUUCCUUCUGAAGGAGAAUUCAUCAAAAACAAACGAAAACCACAGUGCUCGGAGAAUCAGACUGUACUGGGGGACUACUAAAAGUGCAUCUUAGUUACUUCACCACAUGAAUUCCUGAUGUUUCAUGCAGACUGUAAACGAGGACAGUCGAGAGCCCAUCUUAGCUGUCUUAGGGCGAGGCAGGGUACACCUUGGACAGGCCUAUUUUACUUCCACUCAUUACUUACUUACCAUCUUACUUACUUUACUUACUUACAUUUUACUUUACAUACUUUACUUUCUUUUAUUACUUUUGGUCUUUACCUACCUAUUGUCUUUCUUUCUUUGCUUACGUUCCUUACUUACAUUUUACUUUUGUAAAUUAUUUCUUACUUUACUUAUUUACUUACUUACUUUAUUUAACUGCUUACUUAUUUUCACAGUUACAGAACAUGUUAAUGUUAAACCAAAAAUAUAAUAUGCAAUUAUAUUAAAAUUACAUUACAUUAAAACUGCAAAUUUACCAUAUGUUAUAAAAACAAGAAAAAAACAAAUAUUUAAAAACCUGCCAAAAUCUUUGCUAAAACUACAAAUUAUAUUGUAAUUUUUAGGCAAAAAACAAACCGAAUUAAUGCUUUUAUACCCAGAUUCGAGCAGGCACACUAAACGUCUCUGAGAAGAAAUAAAUUAAUAAAGUAUAAUUUUUUUUUUAUUUUUAGGAAAAGUAAAGUAAUAAUAUGAAUUUGGCACAAUCUUGUUGUUGUAAGGUCCUCUGAGCACCGUGCUUCUCUUUUUCCAAACUCCUUCCAAUUAAUAAAUAAAUAAACCCUGUUUGCUUUGCUUCCUUUGUGAGUGUUUGCCUACCGUCAUUAGUUUAACCUAUAUAUAUACAUCAAUGUACAUACAGGUGUGUAUGUACAUAGACCAACCAUAUCAGUCUGUAUCGUUUAUCUUUUUGUUUUCCUGGAAUUCUGUUUAGUUUUAGCCCUCUGGUAUAGUUCUGGAUUUUCUGAGAGUUUUUCAGCAAUUAAAGGCAUGUUUUUUGUUUUUUUAAACCUCCUUUAGGUUUGUGCAUGUGGCUCCUCAGUUUAUUAACCCAUAACAGUAUUUGCAAAACAGAUGUUAUUAGUUUUUAGUUACUACUCAAGUAUAACUUCUUUGCACUGUCAGAUCUGAGAGUACACUGGCUGUUAAAGCCGUUUAAACACAUUACUUUAUUUACUUUCAUUAACUUUUACACUGACUUUGAGUUUGACAUUGACUUUGGCUAAAGUGAAUCUCUGAAGUCUUUGAUGAUGAACCAGUAAAGUGAAAUUCUCCCUUUAAAGUUUUUAAAGAUUUUAUUUGUGCAUGUAUUUACACACAAAAGAGCUGUUUUAUCUUUCAUAAACAUAUUUGUGCAGGAAGUAAUUUAAUAUUUUCUUCCUCUUUCAGAGAAGCCAGAAAGAGAGAAAAGGGACUUCUCUGCAGAGUUUAGAUGUUCACACAAAAUUGAACCUAAUGCCCAAAUCUUGCCUUCUGCAUUAUAUAAUCACUGUAAUUGUAUAACAACGAGUCCUAAUAUGUGUGUGUGUGUGUGUGUGUGUGUGAAAAUGCCUGUCUAACUCCAAGCACUUUGCUUUGCAUACCUGUUUUUAUUAAUCUCUUUGGUGCAUAUAAAGCUGGAGCAGGUGGGGCUCAAAGCUCAGAUGUUGGAAGUGUAAAAAAAUACUUAUGCAAAUGGGUAGUGCACACUGCCCCCUUGUGACAAUAAGGAGGAACGGCAGGUUGUUUAUAUAUUUAAAGGUGAGGUUAAUAAAAUAUUUUACACCGAUCACUGUUUGUUUUUGCUUUAAGCUCAGCAUCAACCACACAGAGGAAUAAAGUUGGAGAGUGUGUGAAUUUACUGAAGGAAAAACGAAUGUUUACCAACUUUCUUAAAAUUAAUUUAAUAUUUGUAGUUUGAAGCUCUAGAUGCAGACUUUUCUAACUCGGCUCUUCUGUUUUUUUCUUUGCAAUGGUUUUGAACAAUUACAAUAUCACAUGUAGACGUGGUGAUUGUGAUCCCAGUA